AUGAAUCUGACCCGGCGCUUCGUGCUGGCGCUGCAGCUGCUGGCCGCCAAGCUUCUGGCGCAUCAAGGCUGUGAAAACGGGCAGGUGGCUUCGUCAGGAGAGUGCUGCACCCUGUGUCCUCCGGGCUUUGGGGCACGUGUGCCCUGUGGUAGCACCAACACCGUGUGUGAACCCUGCCAAGAAAUGUGCGAGGAAGGCUUCGGGGCAACCCAGGCGUGCAAGCCUGGCACUGACACGUCGUGCCAAAAGUGCAGCGAAGGUUAUUACUCGGAGGUGAAGAGCCCGUAUGAGCCGUGUCUGCUUUGCCGACAGGAAUGCGGCCCAACGGAGGUCAUGAUCCAGCCUUGCACCCCGUUGUCGGACACCCUGUGCAUGGAUAAAGAGCUGCAGAUCCUGAAACGGCCUGAAGGGGCACCCCGGAAGGACCAUCCGAGAAGGACGGCGCCCCUAGAGGCGGAAGGCAGCGAUUCCCCCAACUCGUCUUCCGAGUUUGUGCCCUCCCUGGUGGACGACCACCCCAACAGCAUCAUCCCUGUCUACUGCUCCAUCUUGGCCGCUGUGGUGGUGGGGCUCCUCGCCUACGUGGGUUUCAAAUGCUGGACCACGUGCAAGCAGAAGCACCAGUUGGCCAAAGCCCGGAUGGGGGAGUUGGCCUCAUCCCCAGAAGGAGAGAAACUUCACGGAGACAGCGGGGUCUUCCUUGACACCCACAGCCUGCAGGAGCAGCAUCCGCUGAACAAGGCCGACCCCCGCCUAUACAGCAGCCUCCCCCACCCUCUACAGGAGGAAGUAGAGCAGAUGCUGGAAAUGCCCACCCCCCAAGGCAAAGACUGGCGCAGUCUUGCCCAGCACUUGGGCUACGCGGACGAAACCAUCCAGACCAUCGGCUGGGGGGAGGCCCCUGCCCACACGCUGCUCUCCGAUUGGUCGGCCCAAGAGGGGGCCACGCUGGAGGCCCUGAGCGAGGCCCUGUCUGCCGUCGAGCGGGGGGACGUGGCGGACCGUCUGAACGCGCCCCUCGAGGUUAGCUCGGUGGUGUGA